AUUUCCAAAGAGCGUCUCCUACUUUCCGCAGCGAGAAUAAAUCUGAAGCCCGCUCCGUACUUUGGACAAUCGGAGGCAGCGUCAUGCUUAUCGCGUUCGCACGUUGCGUCUGAGCGGGAGCUGAAUCCUUGCAAUUCUAUGAAUGAGGUUUACAACAUCCAGCCACUGCGUCUCCAGCCAUCAUAUUCGCUCAAACAGUUGGCUCUCUUAAAUCCUUGGUGCCUUAUGCGCGUGCGAUUCCUGUGUUUCCUUUUUUCACUCCAAUGAUUGAGUCUCUGAACGAUUGAUUUUGAGGUCAGCUAAUAGUCAACGCGUCCUUUUGAUGCACAGAUCUGCGGAAGCAAGCGACUCUCGUCAUGAAGGGAUUCGUUCGGAUGCUCUCGCUUCCACCGGCGCUUCUUGCGCUCGUGGCACUAUCAACUUCCACAGCAUACUCGGAACCUCAGUGGCCAUAUGAAGUGCCAGCACAUAUCAAAGUCUAUCCCGAGGACGAACAUCUCGCUAAGAGAGGGCUUUCGGCCAUGGAGAUGCUUGCAACGAGAACGCCAAUUGGAGUGCACAAGAUGACCGACGACGAGGAGGAGAUGUUUUUCUUAGACUAUUGGCAAUUUGAAGAGGAUGAAAACAUGCAAUGUCCGAAUGCUAGGAGAUCACUUCCCGCCGAGUUUGCAAACGAAACAUUGGACCGUGGCUUGCUACCUCCGCUGCUAGCACAUUCAAACUCCCCUAGCCAACGUCGACUGCAGGAUCGAAUACCGAUUUUUGCAAGAUCGAACAUAUUUGCUCGCGACUACGCAUGCCCCUCGGGUACAUAUUCCUGCGUUUCAAUUGACCGACCGUACAGUUGCUGUCUCACAGGCGAAGUAUGUGUCUCGGUCCAGGACACAGGGUUAGGUGAUGUAGGCUGCUGCCCUCAAGGGGAGACAUGCAACGGCAAAGUUGCGGCUUGCAAUACAGCUGCAGGAUACAAGAGUUGUCCGGGCUACAGCGGCGGUGGUUGUUGUAUCCCUGGAUUCGACUGCUCAGGGAUUGGGUGCGCAAUCAAUGGAACCGAGACGGUCACAACAACUGCGCCAACGGUGACCGUGACGGGCUGCCCGGCAAGCUAUACCUCUUGUCCAGCUUCUCUCGGCGGUGGGUGCUGCAAAAGCGGUAUCAGCUGCGGCAGUGGCGGAAGUUGCCUUACGUCUUCUUCAACCAGCGUUUCAGUGUACACUACGAUCACGACGUACCCUACAUCAGCAACUGUUGCUGGUGCUCCAGCUAGGCCAACGGGGAGCUCAGACAGUGGAGAAGCGACAACACCAAGCACCACCACGGUGGGUACAGAGGUUAUUGCUAUAUGUCCGACCAACUACUAUUUCUGCUCCGCCUACUACCGCCCUGGAUGCUGCCGCAUUGGCCGCGACUGUUCGCUAACGAACUGUCCGUCUGCGACGUCGUCCAGCACGCUCGUCUCGAAUGGUGUUACCGUCGUCGUGCCCGAGGGCAGCCUCAUCGGCGGCUCAAGCUAUGUGACGACUGCCGUGAUAACCGGCGUGACAGUUGCGGCUGCUACAACCACUCUGAGGACGGGAUCGUGCCAAGCGGGCUGGUUAAGCUGUGGGCAAGAUGUAGGAGGCGGGUGCUGUCCGCCGAACUUUGCGUGCGGAACCAUGUGUUCUGCCACGGCUGCUGGCUAUACUGGCGUCGUCAGCAAAGUAGAGCCCAGUUCUGGUCGGACAUUGCUCGACGUGAAGCAGGGGCUGUGGGUCAUGUGUCUCGCGGCAUGUGCGAGCACUUUGAUCGUAAUUGGAAGUUAGAUCUCUUUUUCGACAUGAUGCUUAUGAUAAUGCUACACGCCAUGAAACAUCAGCUCUGUGGGCUCUUCGCAGUGUUAUGUUACCAACCGAGCAUGUCCUG